AUGUCAACAAAUAUUGGUUCAUCACUUUUUACAUUAUCAGAAUCUCAUGAAAUGCUUAGAAAGACAUGUCGUGAUUUUGCUGAUCGAGAACUAAAACCAAUUGCUGCUAAACUUGAUAAAACUCAUGAAUAUCCAACAGAUAUUGUUAAAAAAUUAGGUGAUCUUGGUUUAAUGUGUGUUGAAGUCGAUGAAGAAUUAGGUGGUUCUGGUUUAGAUUCACUUGCGUAUGCUAUUGCUAUGGAAGAAAUAUCACGUGGAUGUGCUAGUUGUGGUGUUAUUAUGUCUGUUAAUAAUUCUCUUUACUUAGGACCUAUAACAAAAUAUGGUAAUAAACAACAACACGAACAAUUUGUUAAACCAUUUCUUAAUGGUGAACGAGUUGGAUGUUUCGCUCUAUCUGAACCUGGUAACGGUUCUGAUGCUGGUGCAGCAAGUACAAUAGUUAAAGAACAUAAUAAAACCAAUUAUAUAAUGAAUGGAACGAAAGCAUGGAUUACAAAUGGAUAUGAAGCUGAAGCAACAGUUGUCUUUGCUACAACUGAUAAAUCACUUAAACAUAAAGGCAUUAGCGCAUUUAUUGUUAAAAAACCUACAGAUGGUUUAUCAUUAGGAAAGAAAGAAGAUAAAUUAGGUAUUAAAGCUAGUUCAACAUGCAAUCUCAUAUUUGAAGAUUGUAUUGUGCCAAAAGAAAAUUUACUUGGUAAACAAGGUGAUGGAUUCAAAAUAGCAAUGGCAACACUUGAUUCAGGUCGUAUUGGUAUUGCCGCACAAGCAUUAGGUAUUGCUCAAGCUGCACUCGAAUGUGCACUUGAUUAUGCACGAAAACGUGAAGUAUUUGGUAAACAAUUGACUCAAUUACAAGCUAUACAAAUGAAAUUAGCUGAUAUGGAAGUGCGUUUACAAUCAGCUCGUUUAUUAACAUGGAAAGCGGCUUCAUUAAAAUCUCAAGGUGAAUCAUAUACGAAAUUUGCUGCAAUGGCAAAAUUAGCUGCAUCGGAAUGUGCUACUUUUAAUGCUCAUCAAGCUAUACAAAUCUUAGGUGGUAUGGGUUAUGUCAGUGAUAUGCCAGCUGAACGUCAUUAUCGUGAUGCACGUAUAACUGAAAUAUAUGAAGGGACAAGUGAAAUUCAACGAUUAGUAAUUGCUGGUAAUCUUAUUAAAGAAUAUAGUGCAACAAAUGCUUAA